AUGGCGCCCAAUUUCGAUACCACCCCAGAGCAACAGGCUGGCCAGCUUCACUUUUUCAAAAGCCAGGUUUUCGAGACCAAGAGCCCAGUUCUUACGCGGAAAGAUGCUGAUCUCAGUGGUCAAACCGCAAUCAUAACCGGUGGUAAUGUCGGUGUUGGAUUUGAGGUAGGCCGUCAGCUUUUGGAUGUAGGCCUAAGCAAACUCAUCCUUGCAGUCCGCAACGAAGAGAGUGGUCGGACUGCAGCCAAGGCCUUAUUGACGGCACGAGGCGAAAAUCAGGAAGUUGAAGUGUGGAACCUUGAUCUUUCCAACAACGAUUCCAUCAUGGCAUUCGCAGAACGCGUAAAAUCGCUUGAGGCUCGCCCUGACGUGAUUCUCCUCAACGCCGGUGUUCUCUGUGCCAAACCGACUUUCAAUAAGUCCACUGGCUACGAUGAAGACGUACAAACUAAUUUCCUGUCCACUGUACUCCUUCUUACUCUCCUCCUACCGGUUGUUAAGGAUAAACCCUCAGCAGCGAAAGCCACUCCGCCCCCGGUCCCACGGAUAUCCAUCGUGUCUUCAAUCAUGGCUCACUGGGCAAAGUUCGCCGAGCGCGACUCUGACCCAUUGCUCGCCGCAUUUGCCGAAAAAAGUGACAGUAACUGGGAUAUGGAGGAGCGAUACAGCACUAGUAAGCUUCUGGCGUUACUUUUUCUCGGAGAACUAUCCCGACGGAUCUCACCUGAGACGGCAAUCAUCAACGCCCCGACUCCAGGUGUUUGUCACGGCUCACUCUUCCUGCGCCAAACCUCGGGAGUGGUUGGGUUCAUUAUUGGAAUGUUCUACCGCCUAGUUGGUCAUUCUUGUACGGUGGGCGCCAGUCAGGUCCUGGCUGCCGCAGUGAGGGCUGGCCCUGAGUCGCACGGCCAGUUCGUGGAGAAUGGCAAGCUGAGGCCCCUUCCCGCCCUUAUAUAUACCUCAGAGGGAGAACAUUUGGCCAAGAGAGUGUGGAAGGAGACGAUGGAUGAAUUGUCCUUCGCUGGUGUAGAGAAGAUCAUUGAUAACCUGAGUCCUCCCCCAACUGCAUAG